AUUUGAUUAAAAUGAACGGGCAAGCAGGAAAAGGAAGGAAGAGGAAGAAGACUGGGAAUCCCAAUCUAGGCAAGAAAAAGGCAAACCCAGUCGAUCCAUCGGUCAAGGAGUACUUAGACGAGAUCUCUUAUGUAUAUAAGAAGAUAAACAGGGCUUCUUCACUUCUAUGGAGCCAUGACAAUGAGCUAGUCAAACCAAAGCGUAGAUCAAUAAAGAGCCAUGCAAAGUCAGAAGAGAAUGAGGAUGAUACUAUGAGAAGCAAGAGAUCAUCCAAAGGCACAUCUGAGGCAAUGAAGCAGGAAUAUGAUUGGCAGAAAGAUUCAACAGCCCAGAUAGGAUACGGAGAGAUCACUAAAGGCGCAAUGCAAAAGUUCUUACAAAUUCUUCAGAAUAUUGAUAAAUAUUUCAAGCCAGAGCAUGAAGAAGUGAUGGCAUUCCCAAAGGAACAAUACAAACUGACUAGCAAUGAUACCUUCAUCGAUAUAGGGAGUGGGUUUGGGAAGCCAGUCUUCCAUGCAGCCAUGCAAGUGGGAUGCUACAGCAAAGGUAUUGAGAUAGUCCCAGCCAGAGUUACCUUCUGACUAGAUUUCAUUUAUGAGUAUGAGGAAGAGAGAAAGAAAUAAAAUAAACAUCGCUCUCCAGAAACUUCAGAAUGAAGGUAACGAGGAAGUCUCUAGAUGGGUCAUGCCUUCAAAGAGUCCGAGAAAGAAGAUUGCAGAGUUCAAGAACGUGUGAAAUCCGAUUGCUAAUGAUUAUGCAGACAUUAAUUUUAAAGAAGUGAAACCUCCACAAGAUAUUGAUGAUGAAUCAGAAGAAGAAGAGUGUCUUAAGAAAUUAUCAAAAGAGAAAGCUGGAGGUAAAUCCUUGACCAGAGAGGAGCUCAAAGAGAAAAUAGCUCAAGAUUCAAAGGAAGUAUCCUCGUCAGAUCUUGUACUGGCACCUAAUUAUUCAGUUCUGUGGUGAACAAAAUGAGUUUUUGAGCAGGUAGAUGCAGGCAAAGUUGACAAAAUUGUUCUGAAUAAACUGGGAAGAAGGGAAGAUAUUACCCAUGUUUACUCCUACAAUAAAGUCAUGGGCAAGGAUUGAUUAGCAGGGAUUGGAAGGUCUCUCAAUAACACUAAUUUCAAGAUCCUCUCUUGGUAUGUAAAUGAGAAGACAACAUACAGAAUAGUCAAAAACGUCAAGCUUUUAUUCAAGAUGCCAAUGAGAUCUACAGGUCAAGAGCAAUUUUCAGUAUAUGUCUACUUUAAAACAAAAUCUCCUGAAAAUAAGAUGAAGGAAGAAGAGGAUUAUAAGGUACCAAGUGAAGAAGAUAUAUAAAUAUUCUUGUUUCCCUAGCAGAUAAAGAUUCUAGCCAAUUUUUC